GCAGUUUGAUUGAUAGAGUAAAGUUCGACUGUUUGUGCAAAGCCAGGUUGUUUGCAGCAAGUUUGCAGCAGAUGCCAGGAUAGAAAGAGUGGUGCUGCAGCUGCAGAGCGUGGAACUGUGAGGAGCAGCGAGCCUCGCGCGGCCUGUGCAAUAGGUGGUAUCCUGCCCCAAAAUGGCUGACGGUCAAGGGGAUAAUCCAAUGGAGGCAGAUGUUAAAAUGCUUAAAUCUCCACAGAUGGGGUUGAAAUUGGUACAUAUGGAUUUGAAAGGAGCCCCACCCAAGAUGUCCUACCUACGUGAGAUCUUUCCUCUGUUUGAACAGCUUGGUGCAGAUGGCAUUCUCCUGGAGUACGAAGAUAUGUUUCCUUAUAAUGGAAAUCUGCAAAUAUUACGGUCUCCAAAUGCGUACAGUCCUUCAGACAUCACCAAUCUUAUAAAUCUGGCCAAGAAACACAAUUUUGAAAUAAUUCCAUUAGUACAAACCUUCGGCCACAUGGAGUUUGUACUUAAACAUAAUUCCUUUUCUCACCUUCGUGAAAUGAGAGCAUUUCCUAACAGUCUCAAUCCACACAAAGAAGAAUCAAUGGAACUAAUAAAAUCCAUGAUCGACCAGAUAAUGGCAAUACAUAAUGACAUAAGAUGGCUACACAUUGGAUCAGAUGAGGUUUAUUACCUUGGUGAAGGUGAAGAAUCCAAGCAAUUGAUUGAGCAUGGUCAAACUAAUACAGAUAGUCUGUUCUUGUCUCAUGUGAAAGCAGUUGCAAGUUAUGUCAUCGCUACUUACCCGAGUGUGAAACCUAUCAUGUGGGAUGACAUGCUCCGAAAUAUCAGCAUCGAUAAACUUAAAGAAUCCAUGUUGGAUCAGCUGGUUGAACCAAUGAUCUGGGAAUAUAAUGCUGAUCUUGAUGUGCGUAUGAUGUCACUUCAAAUAGAGAAGUAUCAGAACACAGGAUUCUCUCAAAUAUGGUUUGCAAGUGCUUUUAAAGGGGCAACCGGUGCAGCUCAAUGUCUAACAUCCAUUAGCUAUCACUUAGCUAAUCACCUGCAGUGGCUGAAUAUAGCUGAGGCUCUGCCCAGGAACACCAUUCACUUACAGGGGAUAGCACUCACUGGCUGGCAGAGGUAUGAUCAUUUUUCAGUUUUGUGUGAAUUACUUCCUCUGGGGAUUCCAUCAUUGGCAAUCUGUCUGCAGACCUUGAAACACGGUGAGUUCUCUGAAAAUGUAGAGGAAUUGGUGAAGAAGUCUCUUGGAUGUAAAUCAUUGCAACUUAAUUUUCCAAGCAGUGAGGAUGCUGGCAAAUUUCCAGGCAGCGACAUACUUGCACAAGUAACUGAGAUUAUCAUUAAUCUGCAGGUGUCUGUUGAUAAACUUCUUAAUGAAAACAUAUACAUAAAAGGAUGGUUCAGUAACUACCACAGAAAGAGAAAGUUUGUUCACCUUGGAAUAAUUCAGAACUUUGAAGGAGACGCAAGAGGUGUCCAUGCACAGUGGGAGGCAGCUGUCAGUAAACUGCGUACGGCAAUGGAAAGAAUCUAUUAUCCUGAUGCUGUGGAAGAGUGGUUAGAAGAACAUGUUAACCCAGCUUUGACAAGGUUGCAAAUCUUUGUGAAAGAUAUGGAUGAAACGUUAGCAUCAUCUACCAUAAACUAAAAAAAAAUGUUCUUUCCUCCAAAAAAAAUCAAUAUAUUGAUUUAUUUAAAUUGGAUUCAAGUUGGUUUACAUUUAUACUAAUCCAGGAUUCAUCCUGUCAUUUGAUAAUUAACGAAAACAUGAAGUGAGAAUAGUUAGAUCACCUAGAUUCAAAGUGUCCAAAAGAAUACAUACUGUCAAUCCUGGUGUGGUCACUGCCCGUAUUGUUUGCUGAGGUAUCGUACUCUCAACCACUGAAGCCGAUAUGUGUAAAAUCUAAUAAAACCAGCUAUAGACAAUGACCACCAUUUAACAAUUCAGUAACCCCUGAAACACAUACUUUGAAUGUGGAAAGUUUAAUUGCCUCAAUGGAAACACACCUCUAACAUUUAAUCCAUUAAUCUGUUCUAUUUUGAAUAGCAUAACUGAAGUCCAACACGGUUAAAUUUACAAAAGAUUCUUAACCAAAAACCAAAAUACUUGCAGUGUGGAAAAUUUUAAUUAAUUUUCUCAAAGAUUAAAGACUCUGAAAUAUAGUAACAGGAAGUAGUUUGGAGUCUCUCUGCUUAAAAAAAAUCAAAUUAAAAAUUAUUGUGACCAUUACUAUUAAUGAGUAACAUAUAAAGCAUGUAUCAACAUUUGUUAAACUUAUUAAAUAUUGAAUUUAGAUUUAACAUUGAUUAUUAAAACAUGUUAAAAUUUUCUGAUGUGAAUGAAUAACUAAAUAAAUAGUUUAAAUGAAA